GAUAGCUAGAAAGAAAGAAAGAAAGAAAGUUAAAGGAGCGAAAAGGAGGGAGAGAUAAGAAGAUAAAGAUCGUGUUUCCUCGGCAUGAAGAUAUCUGACGAGGCCGCGAUAAGGCCGAUUUCACGGGGUGGUGAAAAAAACAAAUCGAAAGUUUGCCGUAAGGAGAAGAGAUCUUUUGUUCUGUUUGGUUUGCAACGUGUUUUGUUGAUAAGGAAGACAGCAGAGGGAUUAAGAAGAGUAUAAGGGAACAAAUGAUUAGCUUAACCAUUGCAACUAGCAUGAUGCCUCUGUCAAGGGCAAAUCCGUAUGGAACGUCAGCAGCGGCAGCUGCGGCUGGCUUGACUGCGGGGGUGACGGCGGCAGCAGCAGCAGCAGCAGACACAAUAUUAACGCAACAGACGAAUGAGAGCAAUCACCUGCCACCGUUGAAAUCAACCUCGGCGGCAGUGGUGAUGAUGGCAGCGGCUUUCGAUAAUUUGAAACAGAGCGAAUCGUCGCCGCCGCGUCAUGUCGCGCACGCGACCAUCGGUCACGUGGUUGCCGGUGGUGGAGGUGGCGGAGGUGGUGGUGCUGGCGGCGGAGGAGCGUCCACGCACCUGCCCAGCCUUGCGUCGAGUACUAACAACAGCUUGCAAAAUCUCUCCGGGAACUCGGACAGCCUCAAUCUCAGUUUGAGCUCGCACGCGAGUCACAAUUCGCAUUCCCAGCCAAACUCGCAAUCAAGUAGUCCGAUGGUAAAGAACGGUAGAUCGGAUGGUAGUUCGAGUGGUGGUGGUGGUGGUGGUUGUGGUGGUGGUGUUGGUGGUGUUGGUGUUGGUAGUGGUACGGGUGGAGCCGUGGUUUGCACCACCGACGGAAGGCCCGGUACCGCAUCUGGGGCCAGUGCAAGCCCAAGUACCGUUCUUCUUCCGGAAAAACGCAUGUCGAUGAAACUUUUACCAGAUACCGUUAUGAGGUUUUACAUGAACAAACUCACGCCUUACGAGCAUCACGAAAUAUUCAAUUACGAAUACAUUUAUUUCAUUGGAGCUAACGCCAAAAAGAGACCCGGCAUUAUUGGAAGACGAAAUAAUCACGAAUACGACAAUGAUCAAGGUUCUUAUAUACAUGUACCGCACGAUCACGUGGCCUACAGGUACGAGGUCCUCAAGGUAAUUGGCAAGGGUUCCUUCGGUCAGGUCGUUAAAGUUUAUGAUCAUAAGAAUCACGAGCACGUUGCCCUGAAGAUGAUUAGGAACGAGAAAAGAUUUCAUCGGCAGGCACAAGAAGAGAUCGAAAUACUGAAGAAACUUAGGGAACAGGACAAGAACGAUAGGAUGAACAUCAUUCAUAUGUUCGAAGCAUUCACCUUUCGAUGUCACACGUGCAUCACCUUCGAGUUACUCAGUAUCAAUCUUUACGAGCUCAUCAAGAAGAACAGGUUUCGGGGCUUUAGUCUUCAGCUUGUGAGGAAGUUUUCCUAUUCCCUACUUCUUUGUCUGGAUGCACUGAACAAAAACAAAAUCAUUCAUUGCGAUAUGAAGCCGGAAAACGUUCUUCUAAAACAACAAGGACGGAGUGGUAUCAAGGUGAUAGACUUCGGCUCGAGUUGCUACGAGAACCGGCGGGUCUACACAUACAUACAGAGCCGCUUUUAUCGGGCCCCGGAGGUGAUCCUUGGAGCUGGAUACGGCAUGCCGAUCGACAUGUGGAGCCUAGGUUGCAUUCUCGCGGAACUAUUCACCGGGAUCCCGCUGUUGCCGGGUGAAGACGAGGCUGACCAAUUGGCCUGUAUAAUCGAACUCCUAGGUAUGCCGCCAGCUUAUCUGCUAGAAAAUGCAAAGCACCGUCGAAAUUUCAUCAGUUCGAAAGGUUAUCCGAGGUACUGUGCGGUAACUACGAUGGCUGACGGUACGGAACAUUUUGGUGGUGGUCUCUCGAGGAGAGGAAAAUUACGCGGCCCACCGGGUUCGAGAGAAUGGAAACGAGCAUUGAAGGGCUGCGAAGAUCACAUGUUCAUUGAUUUUAUAAGAGGUUGCCUCCAGUGGGACCCAAAACUCAGGAUGACACCCAGAAUGGCACUCAGGCAUGCCUGGUUACGGCGUAGAUUGCCAAAACCACCCUCGGAGAAGAUCAACGACGAAUACUUUCCUCCGCCACGGACUUCCGUUACUGGUUUAAGGACGCCAGCUUCUUCCGGUAGCAAGAUUACCACCACCAUCAGCAAUACCACCAAUACUACCAGCAUCACCACCACGGCUAUCGCUAGCACCAUCAACACCACGGCCAUUAAUACGGCCACCACAACUACUACUGCCGUUGCUGCUGUAGCAGCAACUGCAAGGACCCUACAUGUCAAGGCUGAGCUGAUCAAAAGCAAACUCCGACAAAAAAAGGAACAACAACAGCAACAACAACAACAAUUACAAAAAUUGAAUGAUUUCUAUGGUCGCAGAUUUACUAUAAACACGAGGCAUCCCCAAUCGGGUAUUUUCGGCAAUUCGACGAUUCAAACUGCAAUUCAUUCAGUUUCAUCGAAUCAUCAGCCAAGCCUUAGCAGUCAUCAGUCCAUAAAUUCGGUCGGUACUGCCGGAUCGCAACAACAACAGCAUGGUGCUACUCAUCAAUUGCAACAGCAACAACAGCARCAGCAGCAACAACAAACCAACGGAUCGUCGCACGGAUCUUCUUCCCAUGGAUCUUCCUCGCACGGAUCCUCUUCUCACGACAGUCAUAGUUCGCACGGUCCUUCGAGUUCUUUAAGUCGCGUGAUCUUAAGUAAAGAAUUCAUCGAAGAACUCAGACGAUAUGCCGAAAUAUGAGGACGUCGGCACUUAUGCGUGCGUGCCACUGCCGCCGCUGUCACCGCCAUGUUCCUUGUUAAAUUCGAAAUGCGUUAACCUCGAUGAAUACCGUGCGCAUAUACGGUAAUGUUGACGACACAACAUGUUGAACGAAUAAAAUGGUUAACGAUCCCUUCCCGAAACUUUCAUAAACACAAACAAACACACUCUAUGCGAUGGGUAAUCUUAUCGCCUACGUUUUAGGCGAAUCUUUAGAGUAGAUAUUGACCUACAUUUUGGAUCCUAUUUAAAAAACCAUUUCAUUUUUUUACUCGAUCACGUGAAAAAUUGAUCACCCCAAAAAUAUAUUCAUUGAUUUUGAUUAUAUUAAAAGAAACAAAAAAAAAAAACAAAUUCAUAUUACGUUUUUUACGUUUACGAUUGCAAUAAAAUAAUUGAAUGUAAUUAUAUACGCGUGAUUUACAUAUGUUCGUCGGAAUAAAACUAGGUACCAAUAAUACAUCAGGUUCUUAUCCACGAAACUUACACGAUUAUAAUAUUGUCUUUCUUGUAUUUUUUUUUAAUUUUAACUUUGUAUCGUAUCUCGUGCUCAGCUUUCUUUUGUUCGGUCAGCCCGAACAUUUGCUCUCCUGCUGUCAUUGCUGGAUCUUUUGUAACAAUUGUUAUUCGCUUCGAUGGAAAAGAAGGAAAGCCUUAGACACACACACACACGUGAGCGUUGCGCCGCUGCUGCUGUUGCUGAAUUGUUGGUAUCGUGCGAAAGGCCCCACAUUUGUAUCGACGUUUAUUACAUUGUCUUGACUGCGAGGUUAUUGUGCCAGGAAAGUAAGGGAAUGCGAAGGGUUCCGUUCGUAUAAAGCGUGUAACAGCAUAUAUAACAUCGUCGAUGAAUCGAUCCGCAAGAGACUCAUUAAAAGGGUUUCUCUAACUCGGUGACUACCAUACUACAGCACAUUGUACAAUGAAUUUUCUCCCUUUUUCUCAUUAAAUCUGACUAGGGAUAAAUUUGUGUCAGGAGAAAAAUAUUCACAAUUCGAUUAGAGAGUCCAAUACUAUUCUAUCAUAUUCAUCCCGGUGUGUCUGUUUUCUCGAAGGAAUCUCGCCUGACAGAUAUCGAAAUAGAAUCUUAGAUUUUUCAUAUGACGACCUUUCAACUGUUCUACUUAUCGAUCGAAGACAGUUGACCUUUUUCAUUUGCAUAUCGAAGAUAAUCGUUAAAACAAGAAUAAAACUUUAAUUCCUUUGAACACCUUUCAAAGAAUUAUUAGAUUGACCAACAAGUUUAUACUGUUUUGUUUUUUUUUUAAUUACGAUGAAAUAAAUAGUUAAAACUGUAUAGACAAAUUGUUCAGUCUAAUAUACAUAUAUAUUUGUACAUAACGAAUGGUGUAUAUAUACAUAAAGACGCGCAAGACAAGUACGGUUUAAUUUUGUUGUAUUGGUUGUAUUGGUGAUAAAAAAAAUUGUCAGAGUUUUUGGCAUAAAUAAUUUAUUUGUAUAAAUGUAGGAAGUCUUUUCGCAUAUACGUUUAAUAAUUAUUAUAUUUCGAUAAUAAUUUUCGAAGAUAAAAGAAAUUUAAUUUCGUUUGAUAUUUUCUCUUUGUUUUGUCAGCAUGUCGAGAUACUCACGUUCGGUGCUUAUUAAUUAAAAUGAUCAUUUGCGCGUACGAAGUGAAACUAUUAUUUCAUAAUCAUAAUUGAACGAAAAUUCAACUAACAAAUUAAAUGUUUAUUAUGCUUUAAGUUACAAAGAAAAGUUGUGGGAUGUUUGUGAAUUAUACAUGCUCGAGCAUAAUACUACAUAUACAUACGUACAUAGCUUAAAUCGAUUUCAUCCUUGUAUUUGUAUAUUAACCGCAUUGGUGGUGUAUAAGCCUCCGUCUA